UCACCUCGCCUCCAGGGCCACCUGGGUCCUUUUAAAGUGUCCGGGGUGCGGGCCCCGGGCGGGAGCGCCGAGCACGGAAUGUUUUCUUAAAGGGCCAGUUCCGAGCUGCGCCGGGAGGGGGGAGGGGGGAGAGCCAGAAGUGAGGUGAAGACCGGGAAGGCCGCGGAGAGCCCCCCAAUCCCGCGCCGAGGCGGCGGCGGCGGCGGCGGCGCGACGAUGAGGAUGAUGAAUACAUUGCAAAGUUUUUUUGGCCCCGGCGAGGGGUGUCAGAUUGAGUGCUCUGUGCGCAUGUGCGAAGGUGUCCAAACUGACAAUGCUGGGGAGAUGAAGAUAGUGUGUGGCUGCUUCUGGGCUCAAGGAGGAGGAGAGAGAUUCCGCGAGCCGACACCAUGCGAUCCAAGGCGAGGGCGCGGAAGCUAGCCAAAAGUGACGGAGACGUUGUGAAUAAUAUGUAUGAGCCCGACCCAGACCUGCUGGCUGGCCAGAGUGCCGAGGAGGAGACCGAGGACAGCAUCCUGUCCCCCAUCCCCAUGGGGCCACCAUCCCCCUUCCCCACCAGCGAGGACUUCACGCCCAAGGAAGGCUCGCCCUAUGAAGCCCCCGUCUACAUUCCCGAAGACAUUCCUGUCCCGCCGGACUUUGAGCUGCGGGAGUCCUCCAUCCCUGGGGCCGGUCUGGGGAUCUGGGCCAAGCGGAAGAUGGAGGUUGGGGAGCGGCUCGGCCCCUAUGUGCUGGCGCCCCGGGCUGCGCUGAAGGAGGCUGACUUUGGAUGGGAGCCGAUGCUGACGGAUACGGAGGUAUCGUCCCAGGAAGGCUGCAUCAAGAAGAUCUCCGAGGACCUGGGCAGUGAGAAGUUCUGUGUGGAAGCUGGCCAGGCAGGGGCCGGCAGCUGGCUGAAGUACAUCCGCACGGCCUGCUCCUGCGACGACCAAAACCUCACCAUGUGUCAGAUCAACGAGCAGGUUUAUUACAGAGUCAUUAAAGACAUCGAGCCGGGCGAGGAGCUGCUGGUGCACUUGAAGGAAGGCGCCUACUCGCUGCGCGCAGUGCCACCUGGCCUAGACGAGGAGCCCACGUUCCGCUGUCACGAGUGUGACGAGCUCUUCCAGUGCAAGCUGGACCUGCGGCGCCACGAGAAGUACGCGUGCAGCUCAGCGAGGGCCGCGCUGUACGAGGACCUGGGCGACGACGAGCUCAAGCCCGAGGGCCUCGGUGGCGGCGGCGGCAGUGGCAGGGACGGGCGGGCGCACGAGUGCAAGGACUGUGAGCGAAUGUUUCCCAACAAGUACAGCCUGGAGCAGCACAUGAUUGUCCACACGGAGGAGCGAGAGUACAAGUGUGACCAAUGUCCCAAGGCCUUCAACUGGAAGUCCAACCUCAUCCGCCACCAGAUGUCCCACGACAACGGCAAGCGCUUCGAAUGUGAAAACUGCGUGAAGGUGUUCACGGACCCCAGCAACCUGCAGCGGCACAUCCGCUCCCAGCAUGUGGGCGCGCGGGCGCACGCCUGCCCAGACUGCGGCAAGACCUUCGCCACGUCCUCAGGCCUCAAGCAGCACAAGCACAUCCACAGCACGGUCAAGCCUUUCAUAUGCGAGGUCUGCCACAAGUCCUACACGCAGUUCUCCAACCUGUGCCGUCACAAGCGCAUGCACGCCGACUGCCGCACGCAGAUCAAGUGCAAGGACUGCGGGCAGAUGUUCAGUACUACCUCCUCCCUCAACAAGCACCGGCGCUUCUGCGAGGGCAAGAACCAUUACCCGCCGGGCGGCCUCUUCACCCCCGGCCUGCCCUUGACCCCCAGCCCCAUGAUGGACAAGGCCAAACCCUCCCCCAGCCUCAACCACACGAGCCUGGGCUUCAGCGAGUACUUCCCCGCCCGGCCGCAGCCCGGCGCCCUGCCCUUCUCCGCUGCCCCGCGGGCCUUCCCCGCACUCACCCCCGGCUUCCCGGGCAUCUUCCCUCCUUCCCUGUACCCCCGGCCGCCUCUGCUACCUCCCACCCCACUGCUCAAGAGCCCUCUGAACCACACCCAGGACGCCAAGCUGCCCAGCCCCCUGGGCAACCCCGCCCUGCCCCUCGUGUCCGCAGUCAGCAACAGCAGCCAGGGCGCUGCGGCGGCCACGGGGCCAGAGGAGACGUUCGAGAGCCGCUUGGAGGAUGCAUAUGCGGACAAGGUCAAGGCCCGGAGCCCCGACAUGUCCGACGGCAGCGACUUUGAGGACGUCAACACCACCACGGGUACGGACUUGGACACCACCACGGGGACAGGCUCCGACCUGGACAGCGACGUGGACAGCGACCGCGACAAGACCAAGGACAAGGGCAAGCUGGCCGAGGGCAAGCCUGAGUUCGGGGGCGGCUCCGCGCACCCUGGGGCUGCCAGUGGCGUGGCCGAGCUGCCGGUCUUCUACUCCCAGCACUCCUUCUUCCCACCACCCGAGGAGCAGCUGCUGACAGCUGCGGGCGCCCCCGGAGACUCCAUCAAAGCCAUCGCGUCCAUCGCGGAGAAGUACUUCGGGCCCGGCUUCAUGGGCAUGCAGGAGAAGAAGCUGGGCUCCCUGCCCUACCACUCUGUCUUCCCCUUCCAGCUGCUGCCCAGCUUCCCUCACUCCCUCUACCCGCUCACGGACCGCGCCCUCGCCCACAACCUGCUGGUCAAGGCCGAGCCCAAGUCGCCCCGGGACGCACUCAAGGCGGGUGGCCCCAGCGCCGAGUGCCCCUUCGACCUCACCACCAAGCCCAAAGAGGCGAAGCCCAUCCUGCCUGCGCCCAAGGCGCCCACAGUGCCCGUGUCCAGUGAGGAGCAGCCGCUGGACCUGAGCAUUGGCAGCCGCGCCCGCGCCACUCAGAAUGGGGGAAGCCGGGAGCCCCGCAAGAACCACGUGUACGGCGAGCGGAAGCCUGGGCCUGGCGAGGGGCUGCCCACAGUGUGCCCGGCGCAGCUGCCUCAGCAGCCAGCCCUGCACUACGCCAAGCCCUCACCCUUCUUCAUGGACCCCAUCUACAGCAGGGUAGAAAAGCGGAAGGUGACGGACCCCGUGGGUGUCCUGAGGGAGAAGUACCUGCGGCCAUCCCCGCUGCUCUUCCACCCCCAGAUGUCAGCCAUCGAGACCAUGACGGAGAAGCUAGAAAGCUUCGCAGCCAUGAAAGCUGACUCAGGCAGCUCCCUGCAGCCCCUGCCCCACCACCCCUUCAGCUUCCGGUCCCCACCCUCCGCGCUCUCAGACCCCAUCCUCAGGAAGGGAAAGGAGCGGUACACGUGCAGGUACUGUGGCAAGAUCUUUCCCAGGUCGGCAAACCUCACCAGACACCUGAGGACGCACACCGGGGAGCAGCCGUACAGGUGCAAGUACUGCGACCGCUCCUUCAGCAUCUCCUCCAACCUGCAGCGGCACGUGCGCAACAUCCACAACAAGGAGAAGCCCUUCAAGUGCCACCUGUGCAACCGCUGCUUCGGCCAGCAGACCAACCUGGACCGGCACCUCAAGAAGCACGAACACGAGGGCGCACCAGUGGGCCAGCACGCCGGGGUCCUCGCCAACCACCUGGGCACCAGCGCCUCUUCCCCCACCUCAGAGUCAGACAACCACGCACUUUUAGAUGAGAAGGAAGACUCCUAUUUCUCCGAGAUCCGAAACUUUAUCGCCAACAGUGAGAUGAACCAGGCGUCCACAAGAACAGACAAACGGCCAGAGAUCCAGGAGCUGGACGGCGACCCCCAGUGCCCAGGCUUGGCCAGUGAGAAGCCAGAGGAUGUGGAGGAGGAGGAAGAGGAGGACCUGGAGGAGGAGGACGAGGACAGCCUGGCUGGGAAGUCACAGGACGACAUGGUGUCCCCCACGCCCGAGCCCCAGGGUGUCUAUGAGGAUGAGGAAGAUGAGGAACCACCUGCUGCCCUGGCCGUGGGCUUUGAUCACACCCGCAGGUGUGUUGAGGAGCGAGAAGGCAGUGUAUUAGCCUUGGAGCCUGCGCCAGCCUUUGGGAAGGGGCUAGACCUCCGCAGAGCCGCUGAGGAAGCCUUUGAAGCUAAAGAUGCGCUUAAUUCCACCUUAGAUUCUGAGGCUUUAAAACAGACUCUGUACAGGCAGGCUAAGAACCAGGCAUAUGCAAUGAUGCUGUCCCUUUCCGAGGACACGCCCCUCCACGCCCCCUCACAGAGCUCGCUGGGCGCCUGGUUGAACAUCACGGGAGCCACAUCAGAGUCCUCAGCCUUUAACCCCAUGAACCACCUCUGAGGGUCCGGGAGCCCAGGACCAGAGUCCAGAGUCAGCAUCUGCUGCAGGAUGCAGGAGGCAGGGAGAAGCCCGCCAGCCUCAGCGACACUCGUGUGCAGCCCCCUCUGCCCCCCUCGGCCCAGUGCUAACUAUUCCAGUGAAAACUCAGAACCUGAAGUCCAGGAAGCAGAGGCUGGGCUGCCCUGUCUUUGAGAACCGGUCCCAAGGACAGCACUCCAUCAAAGACCCCAUCACAGGAGCUGCCUGGAGGACCAACCGCAGGGCCGGCGUGAAGUCUCAGCCCCCGCAGCCCCCGCCAGCACCUGCGAGGCACAGAGCCAGGGCAGAAACGCAGUGUGCGCCGAGGAUGGAGCUCUCUCUCGCCAACGAUUUUCAUAAUGAAAGUGACGAGAAUAACCCUUUUGGUAAUCGUAUUGACUACAGAGUCUAUUUAAGCAUGUGGGUUUUAAAAAUAGACAGUAUUUUUUAAAAAUCAAAAGAAUGACUUGCGAAUUGUUUUUUAAAAGUAAUUUUUCCAUUGCUUUGAAAUUUCAGCUUAUUUGCAAACCCGAGCCUGGGGGGGGGGCGACCACACCAGGCUCGGGUGUGACCUUUAUACUGUAGAUAAUGGAGAAUUUUCUAUAUCUGAUCCUGUUUGUACAAGCCAAGGUGAUUCUGGGUGCCCUGGGAACGGAAUGAGGGGCACCAUCGGUCUUUCCAACAGUAUGCAGAUUCGGCUGGGAGCCCCGAGGCGCCCCGAGUUUCCUGCGGAGGAGUCCACAGGCCCCACCCAAGGACCCCCAAUCGUAUGGAGGCUUUGCAGGGCUCUGGUCCUCCAUGCAGAGGUGGGGCCAGGCGCCCCGUCUGUACCCCGGCCGCCCCCAGGCUGGCCCUGGCCUCCGUUCUCCCGAAAGCUUUCUGUUCUUCAGCUUCCCACCCAAAGCGGGAAGGUCCCCCCAGGCCUCCAGCCAGGGCCCCCAAAGCUGCCCUGCUCCAGGACGCCAAGCGCUACUGUGCCUGAAACUCUGGGUCAACCCCACGGCUACCAUCUCCAUUCUUUGUGCAGGUUCUUGGCAGGCCAAAAUCGAGGACAGAAGAGUCCAGGGACCUGGCACAAAUGGUGGACACAGCCCUCGGGACCUCCAGUGUCUCCCUCUGGAUGUGUCUCCUCCCUUUGGAUGGGCUUUAAAUUAUUCCCAUAGGGGCCAGUUUUGAAUAGUAAUUUCUCUUCCCUGAUGGAAUUUACCUUAAUCUGUAUAUAACUUGUAAUUUUUUUCUAAUUCAUUUCUUUUCUUAUUUUAUUUUUUCCUUAACAGUAUUUUUGACAUUAGACAUUCUUAUUGUGAAGAAAUAAUGUUAAUAUAAGUAUCUAGUGAAGGACCAAAACCGUGUAAUAAGGUGUGUUGUGCGAUCAGUCGCCAGGGAGUGGGGCGGCUUCAGAUGUGCCAAAUACCCCUGCGUGCCCCCGCGAAUCCUGCUGUCACUGCUGCCCAUUUAUCAGACAAUCAUAUGUUUUUGUUAAAUUUGAGUUUCAGUCGCAUUUGCAUUUAAGACAAGUGUUCUAUUUAUUUUAUUGUUUGGAAAAGAAACGUAAUGAGUGUUACGUCUCAAGAAGAGAAGAAAACAGUUGCCCAAGUUGCCCUUAAACAAAGAAGACAGAAAUUCCGACUAUCGUGCCACAGGCCACGUUUGUGUGGAUUUGUGUCAUGCUGUGGAUGUCUAUCAGUGUUUGUCCCCGGGGGCAGCAGGGCCUGUCCCACGCACGUCCCAGGCACACUGGACCACAGACAGUCGCAUGCCUUAGGCCGGGCCAAGCGAGGCUGCCCUGAAGGCUGGAGGCUUGAGCCAGGGAGGUUUCCAUGGACCACGAAGACCCAAAGAUCAUGGGGAAAAGUCUCCUGCUAAACCAAGGGAUGAGGCAAGACGGAGAGCCCCCCAGGGCACACGGACUGGACAGGCCGUGCGGGAGCCAGCCGCCGCCACCGUCCACCAGGGUUUUCAAACGAGCCCUCGCUUCUGCACAAGUGUACGUGGCACCCAGGCCUGCCGGGCACCGUCAUAGGAGUUUCCAGUUACCUCUUGAUCUAGAUGGGAUCCCUGUAAAAGUCCGUCAGACACAAACACCCCAUUUCUGUAAACCCAAAUUAUAUGACUUCUUCUGUGAAAGAAAACGGUGUGUGCUUCUUUUUGCGAUGUGGCUCUCCAAAGCGGGAGGUGUGAUGAGGCCCAGUGCAGCUUGGCGGCUGUGGCAGAGAGAAAGAGCCCACUCACUGCUCUCUGGAGCCCCCCGCCUAGCUCUGUCCUUCCAGGCUGACCCCCAGCACUGUCUUCCCACCCUCCUACCCCCUACCCAGGAGCUCUGGUUGGACUUUAAGUCCUAUAUUUUUGUCCCCUGGAAGUGGUGAUUGAAAGCCCAGUUUUUCUGGAACACUCAGCCCCUCAGGCUGCAGCACUUAGUAUUUUGGGGGACUCUGAUCUUGAACCCCUGAUCAAAAAGCACUUAUUAUCUGCACUGGGACAGCCCUGAAACGUGGUCUCCACACUUCGCCAUGCCCCCAACCUUGCCAGCUCCACCCCCUGCUAUUCUCUGCCCAGAUGUGCCCACCACCCUCAGGCCCUGUGUCUUC